GAUGGUGCGGCUACACUUGUGUGCGAUACACAGGUGAACUCGGCCGGCAUACAAGCGCUGAGUCAGUCCGCCUGGCCUGCCGUAAUCGCAAAAUGGGUUAUGUUCGAGCACAAGGUCUUCGCUUGAUGAUGACCUGGGCGCUUGGGGGACGAAUAGACAUGAGCCUAUCCAGCCGGGGAAUGGCUCGCUCGCCGCCAUGUGGGGCCACCGCGUCUGACGCAAAGGUGCCACCGAGUCCACGUCCGUCCGGCGUGGCAGGCCUUCCUCCUCAUUCCCAAAUUCUCCUCCAGCCGAGCGAGCGACAGCCUCGACAGCUAUGGAGGGGCACCACUACAACAAACCGCCCAGCAGCGACACAGACGACAACCAGAGCGUCGGCGAUGUCGUGCCCGAGAUGGCGCCGCACGUCGCCACCUACCGCCUGCCCCGCUUCAGCUCGCGCCGCCUCAGUUCCAGCAGCUCCAUGGGCGACUACGACCGCCUGCCGCGCACCAAGAGCAUGUUCCCGGAGCCGCAGCAGCUCACCAAGGACGACCUCACCAGCGCCGACGCGCUCAUGGCCGACGGCGUUUUCACCAUGAACUCCACACUCUCCGCCGUCAUCGAGAACGCGCUGGGCCACCCGAUCCCGGGCCUCGAAGUCCGCUUCCGCAACCUCGAGCUGUCGGCCGAGGUGCCGCAGAUCAAGGGCGGCGAGCUCGAAGUGCCGACGCUCGUCAACCAGGUGCAGCAAGGGCUCAGCAACCUCUGCUGCAGCUCCAACAACAUGACGGUGCAGAAGCAGAUCCUGCGCGGCGUCAGCGGCGUGUUCCGCCCCGGCCGCAUCACGCUCGUGCUGGGCCAGCCCGGCUCGGGCAAGUCCUCGCUCAUGAAGGUGCUGGGCAACCGCUUCCACAUGGACACCAACAUCUCGCUCGGCGGCGACAUCAGCUACAACGGCAAGGACCGCAGCGAGCUCCUCGACGUGCUGCCACGCUACGUGGCGUACGCCAACCAGAUCGACGACCACUACCCGCGCAUGACGGUGCAGGAGACGUUCGAGUUCGCGCACCGCUGCUGCGCCGGCACGGAGAUGGAGCCCUGGGCCAUGGAGGCCAUCAAGAACUGCUCGCCCGAGCACCACGCGCACGCCGUCGAGGUGCUGAACGCGCACCACAAAUUCGCCCCGGACCUGACGGUCAAGAAGCUCGGACUGGACAACUGCAAGGACACGGUCGUGGGCAACGCCAUGCUCCGAGGCGUGUCCGGCGGCGAGCGCAAGCGCGUCACGACGGGCGAGAUGAUGUUCGGCAUGAAGCGUCUGCAGCUGCUGGACGAGAUCAGCACGGGCCUCGACAGCGCCGCCACCUACGACAUCUGCAAGUCCAUGAAGAGCGCGGCGCGCAACUUCAACGCCACCGUCGUGAUCUCGCUGCUGCAGCCGUCGCCCGAAGUCUUCGAGCUGUUCGACGACGUGCUGCUCAUGAACGAGGGCAGCGUCAUGUUCCACGGCAAGCGCGAGGACGCCGUGCCCUACUUCGAGCAAAUGGGCUUCCACUGCCCGCCCCGCAAGGACGUGGCCGACUUCCUGCUGGACCUCGGCACCAACAAGCAGGACGCGUACAUCGUCGGAGGAUCCAACAGCGUGCCGUACCAGUCGGACGAGUUCGCGGCGCGCUUCAAGGACUCGAGCAUCUUCCACUCCACGCUCAAGUUGCUCGACGCGCCCGUGCAGGAGUCGAUGGUGUUCGCGGACCUCAAGCCGUUCCGCCAGACGUUCGCCGAGGACCUGUCGACGCUGUUCGCUCGCGAGGUGACGCUCACGCUGCGUGACACGACGUACCUCAUGGGCCGCGCCGUCAUGAUCAUCGUCAUGGGUCUGCUGUACGGCUCGACGUUCUGGCAGAUGGACGACUCCAACAGCCAGCUCAUCCUGGGUCUGCUGUUCUCGUGCGCCAUGUUCCUGUCCAUGAGCCAAGCCUCGCAGGUGUCGACGUACAUCGAGGCCCGGUCGGUGUUCUACAAGCAGCGCGGCGCCAACUUCUUCCGCUCGAGCGCGUACGUGCUGGCCACGUCCAUCUCGCAGAUCCCGCUGGGUGUGCUGGAGACGAUCAUCUUCGGCGCCAUCACGUACUGGUUCGGCGGCUACGUGGACGACGUGGGCCGGUUCAUCCAGUUCCUGGCCACGCUGUUCCUGUGCCAGAUGUGGUUCACGAGCUUCUUCUUCUUCCUCUCGGCCGCGUCGCCCAACCUGACCAUCGCGCAGCCGCUCAUGAUGGUGGCCGUGCUCUUCUUCAUGCUGUUCGGUGGCUUCCUCAUCUCCAAGGGCGACAUUCCGGACUAUUUGAUAUGGAUCUAUUGGCUGGAUCCGCUCGCGUGGUGCACCCGGUCGCUGAGCAUCAACCAGUACCUGGCCUCCAAGUUCGACGUCUGCGUCUACCAGGGCAUCGACUACUGCUCGCAGUACAACCUGACCAUGGGCAAGUACAGCCUCGGCGUCUUCGACCUGCAGACCGACUCCGUGUGGAUCUGGUACGGCUGGAUCUACUUCAUCGCGGGCUACUUCGUCUUCAUCUUCGCCUCGUACUUCAUGCUCGAGUACAAGCGCUACGAGAGCCCCGAGAACGUGGCCAUCGUCCAGCAGGACGAGCAGGCCGCCCGUGACCAAAUGGUCUACAACCAGAUGCCGACGACCCCGAAGGAGCAGCACAACGCAAUUGAGGUCAACGAUGCCAUCGGCGGCGUCCCCACCAUCAGCAUCCCGAUUGAGCCCACGGGCCGUGGUGUCGCCGUGCCCGUGACGCUGGCCUUCCACGACCUAUGGUACUCGGUACCGCUGCCCGGCGGCGCCAACGACGAACAGAUCGACCUGCUCAAGGGCGUGUCCGGAUUCGCUCUACCCGGAACGAUGACCGCGCUCAUGGGCUCCUCCGGCGCUGGCAAGACCACGCUCAUGGACGUCAUCGCCGGACGCAAGACCGGCGGCAAGAUCCAAGGGAAGAUCCUGCUUAACGGCCACCCGGCCAACGACCUGGCCACCCGCCGAUGCACGGGCUACUGCGAGCAGAUGGACAUCCACUCGGACUCGGCCACGGUGCGCGAGGCGCUCAUCUUCUCGGCCAUGCUGCGCCAGGACGCCAACAUCUCGACGGCGCAGAAGAUGGAGUCGGUCGAGGAGUGCAUCGAGCUGCUGGAGCUCGGCCCCAUCGCCGACAAGAUCAUCCGCGGCUCGUCCACGGAGCAGAUGAAGCGCGUGACCAUCGGCGUGGAGCUGGCGGCGCAGCCCAGCAUCAUCUUCAUGGACGAACCGACGAGUGGCCUGGACGCGCGCUCGGCCAAGCUCAUCAUGAACGGCGUGCGCAAGAUCGCCGACUCGGGCCGCACCAUCGUGUGCACGAUCCACCAGCCGAGCACGGAGGUGUUCAACCUGUUCGAUUCGCUGUUGCUGCUGCGUCGCGGCGGUCGCAUGGUGUUCUUCGGCGAGCUGGGCGAGGACUCGAAGAACCUGAUCAGCUACUUCGAGGCCUUCCCUGGCGUGAACCCGAUCAAGCCCGGAUACAACCCGGCCACGUGGAUGCUCGAGUGUAUUGGUGCUGGUGUUGGAGGUGGCAAGGCUGCUGCGAACGCGGACCCGUCGCAGCCGACGGACUUUGCCGACCGCUUCUUGGUGAGCGACCAGAAGGUGCUGAUGGAGGAGGACUUGGACCAGGACGGCGUGCUGCGUCCUUCGCCGCACCUCCCCGAGCUCAAGUUUAUCAACAAGCGCGCCUCGAGCGGCUACGUCCAGUUCGAGCUGCUGUGCCGCCGCUUCUUCCGCAUGUACUGGCGCACGCCGACGUACAACCUCACGCGCUUGAUGAUCAGCGUGGUGCUGGCCUGCGUCUUCGCCAUCAUCUACCAGGGCACCGACUACAGCACGUACAGCGGAGCGAACGCCGGCAUCGGUCUCAUCUUCGUGAGCACCGUCUUCCUGGGCAUCAUCAGCUUCAACAGCGUCAUGCCCGUGGCCGCCGACGAGCGCACCGCUUUCUAUCGUGAGCGUGCUAGCCAGAGCUAUAAUGCGCUCUGGUACUUCGUUGCCGGCACGCUGGUGGAGAUCCCGUACAUCUUCUUCUCGAGCCUGCUGUUCAGCGUCAUCUUCUUCCCGAGCGUCGGCUUCACGGGUUACAUCACCUUCUUCUACUACUGGGUCGUGGUCUCCAUGAACGCGCUGGUGUUCGUGUACCUGGGCCAGCUGCUGGUGUACGCGCUGCCGAGUGUGGCGGUGGCCACGACGCUGGGCGCGCUUCUGAGCUCCAUCUUCAUGCUGUUCGCCGGCUUCAACCCGCCCACCGGCAGCAUCCCGACCGGGUACAUGUGGGUCCACUGGAUCUCGCCGCCGACGUACAGCAUCGCCAUCCUGGUGUCGCUCGUGCUGGGCGAUUGCUCGGGCGACAAGGUGGGCUGCGACGUGCUGCAGGACGCGCCGCCCACGAUCGGGGACAUGACGCUCAAGGAGUACGUGGAGGAGACGUUCGACAUGAAGCACGGCGACAUUUGGCGAAACGCCAUGAUCUUGAUCAUCCUCAUCGUGGUCUUCCGCGUGCUGGCGCUGAUCUCCCUCCGCUACAUCAGCCACCUCAAGCGUUAA